AAUAUUUUAGCUCCCCAAAAGAUGAGGUGGUUUUUUCGGCAUCCUGGAUAAAUAUAUCGUUUUUUUUUCUUCGAGUUAACAAAAAAUUGAAAAAAUGAACCUUAUUUUCAAUUUUCUUGUGACAAUGAUAGUUAGAUUGAAGAUUUUUUUGAGUGCAAGAAUAGCUGUUGUAAUUUUGAUGGCGUUCUGUUGUCCACAAGGUGUAAUAGGAUCAUGGUGGCUCCUAAGCAGACUGCAAGUUUCUUCUGCCCUUUUUGAUACUCAGAUGCUUUGUGGUGGAAUUCCUGGACUUGCCAGAAAACAAAGAGAGAUAUGUGAACAGCAUCCUGACAUUCUGUUGAGUGUUACAAAAGGUGCCAGAAUAGGAGUUUCUGAAUGUCAAGCACAGUUUCGAAAUCAGAGGUGGAACUGCUCAACUCUAGGAUCUGGUGCUUCUGUUUUUGGAAGCCAUAUGUUGAAAGUUGACAGUCGAGAAUCUGCUUUUUUGUAUGCUAUCAGUUCAGCAGGGGUGACGCACGCCAUCAUUCGUUCCUGUAGCAGGGGAGAGAUCCCGAACUGUCCCUGUGAUCCCCUUCGUCGGGGUUUCGGCUUCGACCCCACUGUCGGUGGAUAUAGUUGGGGUGGAUGUUCUCACAUAUCUGCAGGCGUUAAAUUCGCUCGACAGUUCAUAGAUGCCCGAGAAGACAGAAGAAAAGAUGCCCGGGCAUUGAUGAACUUCCACAACAACAGAGCAGGAAGAAAAGCAGUACAGAAGAAGACACGAUUGCAGUGUAAGUGCCAUGGCGUGAGUGGAUCCUGUGCUUCCAGAACUUGCUGGUCGGCUCAGAUGGAAUUUCGCGAAGUUGGGAGACUAUUGAAGAGAAAGUACGAAGGGGCUGUGCAAGUGACCAUGAGCAACCAGAUGGCUUUGGUGUCUGUCGAUGGAACAAAACCCUACACUAAACUGGAUCUAAUAUAUUUUGAGCCAUCACCAGAUUUCUGCGCCAUCAACAAGUCGUUGGGUACUCUGGGUACCGGUGGAAGAAGAUGUGACCGAGAUUCGAAAGGUGUUGAAGGGUGCGCCAUUCUGUGUUGUGGCAAGGGUUACGACACUCGUAGAGAACUUUUUGCAGAAAAAUGUUCUUGCAAAUUCAACUGGUGUUGCAAAGUGAAAUGCAAAGUUUGCAGAGAAUGGAAAGAUGUAUAUACGUGCAAGCACAGCAUUUGAAAAAAGUAUGUUAUAAUCUUUGCAAGACGUCAAACUCAUGUCCAAGUUUUUCUUGCUGCUUUUUGAAGCAUUUGAUACGUACCAAGUACGAUUAGUGCAAAUAUCUUUAGUACGGAAUACAUUUGUACAAAUGCAGAA